AUGUUUGACCCCGCAAACACCCGCUCUCGCCCCCGACACACCCAACCCCGCGACGCCAACGCUGACCGGAGCCCCGCCCCCCGCAUCGCGCCGCAUCGAUCCCUCAGGAGCUGCGAAGGCACAGUCGCCGCCGCCGAUGUGCCCUCGCUGGUUGAAAAGUACGAACUGGACCCCCCGCAGGUGACCGCCGUGAUCGCCAGCAUGUGGGCCAAACACCUCGAGCGAGGCGGCUUGCCCAGCCCUCACAAGAAGCGCGAGCGCAAGCCCAACAGCCGCUACGACCAGGAGGCCAUCGCGUACGCCGAGGCGGAUGAAGAGGAUGAAGAGGAGGAGGGUGCCGAGGAGGAGGGAGCCGAGGAGGAGGGUGCCGAGGAGGAGGGAGCCGACGGGGACGACGCAAACGCCGCCGGGCGCAAACACCUCGACGACGACGACGACGAGGUCUCCUACGACGAGAAGACGGGCAUCUCCGCCGAGGUCAGGGUCCAGGUGACGUGCGGGGACCUGAGGGGAACGAUCGUGCUACCCGCGGGGUACAAGAAGCAGCAGGAAUUCGUCGUCUAUCCCGACGGCAGGAAGGUUCCCCCGUCGCAGUUCGAACGCGACGCCGGGAAGGGUUCGAGCAAGAGCUGGAAGACCAGCGUCUUCGUGGUGAUGCCCGACGGCAGCGAGGGUCGCGCGUUCAGGAUUUGGAUGGAAUCGAACGGGUACUUUCCCAAGGGUACGGCGUGGGAUGAAUCCGUGGUGGAAGCCGCCAGGGCGCUGAUGGGCAGGCGAAAGAAGGUUGCGGCGCCGGUCAAGCCCGUCGCGAAGAAGCCCAAGCCGCCCGCGGCGGCCGCGCCGAAACCAAAAACCGCCGCCGCCGCCGCCGAAAAGGAGAAGAAGCCCGCGGAGAAGGCUCCGGAGAAGUCAAUAUUCGAGACGCAACUCGAGAACCUCCUCGACGACGACGGGGGCUUGCGCCUGGUGGAGAAGACGCCCAACUUUGUCUGGCUCAUGCGUAACGCGUUGAAGAACGUCGAGCGUUCGCUCGUGGUGACCGUGAUCCACAGGACCACGGACAAGAAAUGCGCCGAGGCGUUCGUCAAGUCCGAGGGCAUCAAGGUUCUUCACGAGUGGUGCGCCAAAGCGAAGGAGGAGAACAAGUCGAGCCUGGUGCUGAAGAUGCUCAAAACGUUUCGCAGGCUGCCGAUGACCGUCGAGGUCCUCUCCUCGACCGGCCUGGGCAACUUCGUCAACAAGCUCCGCAAGUACAAGCCCCCGGGCAAAGAGGACGACGACCUGACCAAUCAGGUUGUUCAGGAGGCGGAGCGCGUGAAAAACAAGUGGGUCUCCAUCGUGCGAGCCGAAUCAGAGGCUGCGGAGAAGCAGCAGGCCGCCGCCGCCGCCGCCUCCGCCGCGAAGCGCCCGAAUGCCGCCGCGCGCACCGACGACAAAGACGCAUCGAAGCGACGAAAGGUGGGGGAGCCCGGGGUCGGGGUCGCCGCAGUCAAAGGAGCCGAGGAGGCGAAACCCGCGACGGCUGGCGUGACCAAGCCGUCGAGUUCGACCUCGUCGGUUCCGAAGGUUGAGGGUUCGAAACCGCUGGGCGUCACCCCCGCCGCCGUUCCCGCCGCCACCCGCGUCGGCGUGCCCAAGCCCCCGGGCUCGGGCGUCGCGACGACGACAAUCGCGAGUAAAAGGACGGUGACCACCAUCUCCCGUCCGACGACGUCGACGAUUACGUCCUUCGGCGGCGUCAACGUCCGCGGCGUCGCGGCGUAUCGAAAGGAACCGACGGCGAGUUUAGCGUCCAAGCCCGGUGCCGCCGCCACCUCGGGCGCGGCGAAACCGGCGGCGAAACCGAAGGAGUUUUUCCAAAAGUCGACGUUUGCCAAGAAGAAAUCGUCAAAGCUCGCGAAAGUUGGGCGGGGCGGCAUCGGGUGGAGAGCCGACGAGGAGCUCGAGGCUGUCAAGUUUUUCUUCAAGGAUGACGUCGUCGGCAACGGCGCUCAAAACUCGGAUCCCGCCGAGGAACGACGAAGAGCGGCGCAGGAGAAGCGCGACGCGGCGAGGAAAGAGCGCGAGGAGGAGGAGGAGGUUGAGGAUGAAGACGAGCGCGCAGCCAUCGAGAAGGCUCGCGAGCGGCAGCAAAAGGAAAAGGCGGCGGAGCAACGGGCGGCUAACCUGACGCGCACGCGUCGGCUGAACGAGAUGAAAGCCCAGUGUCGGUGGUCGAGGCCCGGACGGAUCGAGUACCCGGCCAACUGGGAGAUCUUCCCGGGUAAGGACUCGGAGGAGCGCGGGCGGCUCCAGUCGAGGUGGAAAGGGGAGUUUGAGGUCAAGUACAGGUCGCCGGAUCAAAUCCCGGAGUCGCCGCGGGAGGCGCCGCACCACGCGGCGUACGACCCACCGUUCGCCGAUCCCCCGUCGAUGAUCGAGGUGUCCACCAGGGCCCCGCCCAGGCGCCAGCCGGACGGCGGCCAGCCGGGGCCCGCUCACUCGCAUCAGCACCACUCGCAAACAGGCGGCGGUUUUAUCCCGCCCCUACCCGGCGGGCCGCCCCCGCCCAACCACGUCGCCGCGCUCCAGGCUUCGCAGAACGGGGGGUCGGGGGCGGGAGGAGGGUUCGAUCAGAGCGCGCUCCAGGCGCUGCUCCAGUCGGUGCAAUCCGGCGCCCUCAAAGUUCCCGCUACGGGCGGCUCGCAACCCGGCCACGCCGCGCACGGCUCCCACCAACCGCCGCUACCCCCGCCGGGCGCCGUUUACGGCAACGGCGGAGCGCCGCCCCACCACCACCCGGGAGCCGGCAUCGGCGCGGGGAUGAGCAGCAGGUCGUACAGCCAAGGGGGACCGCCGCCGGGGCUCGGCGGGGGCGGUUUAGCCGGCGGCGGCGUCCAUCACGAGCCGUGGCGGCCGGAUCCGACCACGGGGCAGAAGGGCCCGAUGCCCGGCGGGAACGGGCUGUGCGCCUUCUUCAACACGCCGAAGGGGUGCAGGUGGGGCGACGCGUGCAGGUUCAGGCACGAGAGGGGACCCGCGCCGCCGCCCGGAGCGUUUCCCAAUCGAAGGUUCUGA